AUGAAGUUUGGUAAACACCUGGAAACACGACAGCUGGUACUACCCGAGUACAAUGGCCACUUCAUUGAUUACAAAGGUCUGAAGAAGCUGAUAAAGCAGCUGUCGGCUCCUCCGAGCGUGGGCUUCGGAUUGCCGGACUCUGGUGCAGGGGUCAACACUGGCGCUGUGGGCAGCGGUGCCGAAACAGGAGCCAGCGGUGACGCUGGCUCCAGUGCAGAACAGAGCCGAAUCCAUCAGACCCUGCAAGAACACAAGGCGUCGUUUUUCUUUAAGCUGGAAAGAGAGCUCGAGAAGGUAAACGAGUAUUAUCUGGAAAAGGAAUCCGAUCUGCGCAUUAAGUUCGAUAUCUUACAAUCGCGAUACCAGGAUGGGGUCAAGCGGGGAAAAUUAACAUCGAAGACGACAGUCUCAUUCAAACAUCUGCGUGACGGAGCCAAGAAGUUCGAGCGCGAUCUCGCGCAUUUAGAGCAGUUCGUAGAGCUUAACCGCACCGGUUUCUCGAAAGUACUCAAGAAAUGGGACAAGCGAUCUCACUCCCAUACGAAAGAUUUUUACCUUGCCACCGUAGUAUCGGCACAGCCUUUUUUCACGCGAAACGAGACUUCGAAGCUUAACGAUGAAAUUUCGGUGAUACUUUUAGACCUUGAGGAAGUCAGCACCCGUGACGACGUGUUUUCAUAUGCCGCACCAUUUGCUUCAAAGUCAGCCACAAAGCUUGCAGAACUAGAUGCCAACUCUGCCUCCCAGAUCCACACAAACGCGCAGAGGCUCCCGAUCGGCUCCAUUAUCCCACCACCUCAAAUGGACGUCGACACCUUGGAUAUCAGCAUGGAGAUUGAAACUUGGUAUCUCGAAGUCCUGAAUAUUGCACGGUUGAAAGAUGAGGAGCCUCGAGUUAGGCUCCUCCGUCAAUUUGCAACUGAAAAGAUUCAAAACUUUGUGGAGGACCACGUACCGCAAAGCCGCAUUGACAAGAAGGUAAUAUUAAGAGAUGCUUUGACUAAAGUCUUUGUUUUGCUAGUAAGUAGCAAUAUUGACGAUGAUUCCUUAAAGGUGUUCAUGAAAGCGGCAGAUCUUAACAUCGAUCUAACAUUUGUGGAGGAGGACGAGGUAGUCUUCUCCAAACGCAACAUUAUUCACGAGGCCGCUGGCUGUGAAACACAGUCCAGAAGCUUUGUGUUGCAAGAAGCUUUUCAACAGUGUAGGGACUCAGUUGUGCCAGAGGACAUUCUGCGUAAACUGUUGAAUGCCCAGGAUGCGAAUGGGAGUACGCCUCUGCAUUACGCUUGCAACUUUGAGAAGGAGGAGUUUGUUGAAUUGCUGAUUAACUCCACAUUUCUGGAGUCAGUAGAUGUAGUCGAUAACGAUUCGAAAACACCACUAUUGCUCUCUGUGGCCAAGCAUUGCACUAACAUUACCAAGUUGCUACUUUUAAGCGCUUACGCGAGCCCUUCACCACAAGCUGAGGCCCUGAGCAAACCUCAAUUUGCUCCUUUGAAUGUUGCUUGCGCCUAUAAGAACUACGAAGCCGCAAAACUAAUCCUAGAGUUUAGUAACGUCAAUCUAACCGCUGUACGUGACACUCAAGGCAGAUGUCCUUUGCACAUUGUCGCGAAGAAUGGCGGGGAUGCUAAAAUGAUUACUUUGCUAGUUUCCCAUGGUGCUGACCCCAACGGAGUUGAUGGAUUUAAUGGCUGGGCCCCAAUAUUCUAUGCUAUUCAGGAAGGUCAUCGUAGCACCGUGGAAGAACUAUUGAAAAAUGGCGCCCGCAUCGAUGUAAUGGAUGAAGACAAUUUGUCUCCUUUUUUUUACGCUCUCUGGGAGGGCCAUUUGAGCGUGCUGAACUUACUUCAAGGCUACCGGCCUGAGGGUACUGCGGAACAAGACAUAUUUUCGAAAAAUCUAGGUUCAAUUUUAGAGCCUGCCGACGAUUUGAGCUUAGAGGAUUCGUUGCAUGGAAUUCCAGAUUUCACCUUGCCGCCACCAAUUAUUCCUUUAAGGAAGUAUGGCCACAAUUUUCUGGAAAAGAAGAUUUUUGUUAAGAUAAGCUUCCUUCGUGGGACCUCCUCGAUUGUCCUCAACAAGGAGGACGAAAUGGCUCUGUCUUCUCCAGGCCGAGUCACUUUGAAUUCAAAUGUCCUCGAUAUUAUUCCGAGAAAUGUCAUUCUCUCCACUGAAGAUGACGAAGAAAACUCAGUCGUCUUUCAAGUAGACUCGCUGGAAGGGUUUUGUAUGGACUUCGAAAUUUUCCCAUCUUUCGGUACACGGAUGAUCGCCAAAACGACAGCCGUACCAACGCUAUUUAAACAGUUCCAAAGCGGGCCAUUCGGCAAGGGAAACUUUGUUCUUCCGUUAUAUGAUGGGCGCAUGAAGAACGUUGGCGAGUUAAAUUUGGAUUAUCGUCUGGUUUUCCCUUACAGCGGCAGACCUUUGGAGAUUACAAAAUACGAGACCUACUGGAAAUCCACCACGGGCAAUGAGGCCGGGAAAAGCGGCCACCACUUCGUCACUUCCUCCUCCCUUUCCGGAGCGUAUACAAACUUCUUCGUUUCAACCCUUAAUGACGGAACCUUGGUUGUGUCGCCUAAUAAGACUAUUACUGUCGGACCUAUGAACUUAAAAUUACUGGAUUUGAAUGCAAACCAGCUUGAGCAAUUGGUCGGAUACCCCAUAGGCUACAUUGAUGACCAGCUCAAUUCCACAGCAUUUGAGGACUUGUUAGCAUCCCGGUUCACGACAUUGGACUGUCUGCUAGAGAGGGCUCCAGCAAACUCGAAAUUGGAAAUUGAAGUAUGCUUCCCUACUGAGUGCGAGUUUUCGAGCGUGCCUCUAAAGUUAUCUCCACAUGUCAAUAUCAACAGCUUCAUUGAUAAAAUCCUAACGUCACUUUUCACCCAUGUUCGUCAUAGAUUCCACAAUGGCUUCACUUCUUCUAUGGUAUUCACCUCUCGCAACCCAGAAGUUUGCUCUAUUUUGAACUGGAAACAGCCUAAUUUUCCCGUCCUUUUUUACAUGAAUGGAUUGCGGAAGGAAAAUGGUCUGUUGGUAAAGGAUACACCCCACCAUUUGUCGCAUCUUUCUCUGUCUCCUGAAACGGUAGAUUUUUCUGAUCCUUGCUCUCGUAGCAUCCGGGAGGUUGUUCAAUUUGCAUCACACAAUAACUUACUAGGGAUCAUUGUACCUUUGGAGUUGCUGAGGGCGAGUCAGCAGCUAAUCGGUGAAAUUAGAUCCCGAGGUUUACUGCUUAUAGGCUCAUUGCUUGAUGGCGAGACUAGGCCGGCUGAUUUGCAGGAACUUGACAUCAAUGGGAUCCGUGGCCGCAACUUUCUGGACUUCAAGGGCAGCAUCGAUAUGUAA